AUGCUUUACGCAAUGAUGAAUAAAGUGGCCGUUUUUAUUACGGGGUUGGUUAUUGUCAAGGCUCAAAUACCAUUUUUGGGGUCGUGUCCUGAUGUCCAAACCAUGCCCGACUUUAAUUUAAAUCAGUUCUUAGGAAAAUGGUUUGAAUCUGAACGCUAUUUUGCCGUUUUUGAAUUUGGAGGAAAAUGUGUGACGGCGGAAUAUAAUCUUGGAGAUAGUGGGGCAGUGACUAUCCUUAAUAAACAAAUGAGUUCAAUCACUGGCCUUGAUUCCAGCAUAGAAGGUGUUGGUAAUGUAGUUUCAAGGGAUGACGCGGCCAAAUUGACCAUAAAUUUUCCAUCUUUACCAUAUAAUUUUGAUGCCCCCUACUGGGUGUUGGAUACGGAUUAUAAAAAUUAUGCUGUUGUGUGGUCUUGCAACGAUUUUGGAAUAUUUAACACGAGAAAUGCCUGGAUUUUAGCUAGAUCCAAAAACCCGACUUUACCAAUUAUACAAAAAGCUUAUACCGCACUGAAAAAAAAUGGCAUUAGCAGGGCAUAUUUUAUAAAAACUGAUCAAAAAAAUUGUCCCUUAAAUUAA